CAAAAACGGACAAUCACUACGUUUUUCUUCUGAGCCACAAAAAGGAAGAACAAAACCAAACAUAUAUAUGUGUCGAACAUAGCUCAUUAAAGGUUCCAGAUGUGUGUGGUUGACAGUGGUUGAUGCAAGUACCGGCUUAUUACUGUAAAGAGAAAAUCUUUGGUGUUGUAGGCCUGCAGAAACGACUGCAGCCAGCAUGUCCAGGAAACAGACGGCCAAACCCGUGCGCAGCAACAAGAAGAGCGAAUUAGAACGUAAGAGGGAUGAGCGGGCAGCACGCCGGGCUAUCGUAAAGGACCGUAAGAACCGACCUCAGGAUGGUGAUGAAGGAGCAGAGUUUGUCAGUUUCUCCAAUCAGCUCCAGGCGCUGGGCCUCAAGUUAAGAGAAGUCCCUGGAGAUGGGAACUGCCUGUUCCGAGCUUUAGGCGACCAGUUAGAGGGGCACUCCCGGGGACACCUGCGGCUUCGCCAGGAGACUGUCCAGUAUAUGAUGUCCCAUCGGCAAGACUUUGAACCCUUUGUUGAGGACGACGUGCCCUUCGCACAGCACUUGUCCAACCUCUCUCAGCCCGGUACGUUUGCUGGCAAUGACGCUAUUGUGGCUUUUGCUCGCAGUCAACAGGUCAAAGUGGUCAUCCAUCAGCUGAACACACCACUUUGGGAGAUAAAUGGUGCAGAGAAGCAGGUGUGUAGAGAGCUGCACAUUGCAUACCGCUAUGGAGAUCAUUAUGAUAGUGUGAGGCGGAUUGGAGACAACUCUGAGAGUCCUGCUCAGCUCCGCAUAGAGAAUCUGCAGAACUCACGAGGACAGCAGCGUGACUUUGGGGACGGUCAGAGAGACAGACAAAAAAACCCUUCGCCCACAGCCUCGGAGGAGGACAACGUGAUCCUGAGCUCUAUCAAGAAUCGAGGAAUCCAGGGUGAUGAGGAGAACCUGCUCCAGCUGAGUGCAGCAACUAUAAAUGCUGAAUGGCUUGUAGGCUCUGUGCUGGGCCAGUCCUGCCAGGGCCAAUGUGCCUCAGGAUCCUGCUCAACCUGCAGAGUCGCUGCCACGGACUGCAGUGAACACAAACAGCCAGCAGAGGGCAGCAACAUACAGAAAUCUAAGGUGUCUAACAAGCAGAGGAAAGAGCAGCAGCGACAAGAGAAGAAGAAGCGUCAGGAAGAUAGGCAUCGGCAGAAGUUUCUCCAGAGCAAAGGAAGCCAAGACCAGAACCAGAACCUGCCAGAGGCUGUUACUUUAGUACCAGCUCUCAACACUCUGAGUAUAUAGACUGGAGCAUGGCCAAAAAAAUACCUACUGCUACUCUAGCUACUGGUGGCUGACGCUGUCCACAAAGUUUUGCACAUAGUCAAAUUUGAUUCAGUCACAGUUGAUGACUUUUCCUAAAGAGAACCCUAUAGUUUCUUUGCAAAUGGUAUAAAGAUGCCUGCAGACUCGUGAGUGUGUGUGAGAUGUGUGAAAGCUGUACAAGACGGACAGCGUACGAGUAUAACUUUCAGUGUUUUCGUUGGGGUUUUGACUCGGUUCAAGCCCUGGUGGAUGUUGGUGUAUAUAGAAACUCCUCAGAACUGGUCUGCCUACCACGCUACCUAGUCCCCCUUUCUAUGCUGGACAUCUGGCUUUUCAUGACAACCAUGCAGAUAAAUCUCGUGCAGCUGAGCUUUUUUUUUUUUUGGAUUUGCCACAGAUUGCGUUAACGUUUAUUCAGAUGUUCAGAUCAUUAAGUUUGUAAGAUCUGACCAAAGAUGGAUGUAAAGGAGGAGCAGCAGAUGAAUGAUUGUUCUGCACACUGUGUAUGGAAUGUGGCAAUAAAUAAUAAUAAUAAAUGAUAAUUUACUG